CUCACGAUGCUCCUCACUGAACUCAACCAGCACUGCCUCGUGCACCUCUUCUCCUUUCUGGACAAAGAGAGCCGAAGCCGCCUGUCCCGAACCUGUCUGAGGCUUAAGAAGGUGUUUGAAGAGCCGUGUCUGUGGACUCGGCUCCAGUUCAGCUCUCCAACUCAGCUCAGAAGAGGUGACUUCAUCCUAAGCCCGUCGCUGAGGUUUCUGACCAUCAGCUGGUUCUCCAUCAGGGUCCAGCAGGUUUGCAACAUUGAGGACUGGCUCAAGAGCUCCUUCCAGAAGGACAUGUGCAGCCAACACGACGGACUGGUCAGGGACUUUCUCCAGAGAGUCUAUCAAAUGUGUCCUCACCUCCUUGAGCUGAGCCUGUCGGGCUGUGCCCACAUCUCUGACCAAGACGUCCUGUGUGUGCUCAAGAGCUGUCCCAAACUGCGCUGCCUUCAUCUGGAGAAUUGUGUGAGGAUUACAGAUGCUGCUCUGGAGGGUCUGCUGACCUACGGGACCAGCCUGCAGGAGGUCAGGGUGGACUUCUGCAGAAACAUCUCCCAGAGUGCACUGCAACGAGUGAGGCAGAGCCGGCCCGCACUGAGGCUGAGAGCGGAGAGGAGCGGGUGUAUGAUCCCAGACAGUAAACCCGCAGACAGGGAGGACAUCCGGAGGACUCUGCAGAAGGUCCUGCUGUUCUCCUGAAGACAGCAAUGGACUGUGAUUCCAACUAUUGAUAC